AUGGCGUCGCAGUAUAAUACCCACCCCUUGCCUGCGCCCCCGGGCCAGCAGUCCAACUAUCCUAAUCAGCAAAACCAACAAGUCCACUAUCAGCAGUCCCAGCUGCAGCAAACUCACUCCAACACAGCGAGGCCGCGCCCCAGAUCCAGAGGUUUUAGUCUUCAGUCGGACAAGUCCCAGAAGAGCGACAAGAAAGAGCAUUUGGUGGAAAGCCAUAACGAAAAGGAGCGCCGGCGACUGCACAGCAAGGCUGAUCCCACCAUGGCUAUGAACGAGGCGGAGCCUUCUGAUAUUGCUGCACACGCUGCGAACAAUUUGCAGAGCCUACGUGCGCUCGAACACAAGGAUCAAUCCGGAAAUGUCAUAACCGAUCCUGACCUGUCCAAUCCAACGCGCUGGCGGGAGGAGCGACCUCUGGACACCAUUCGUGCAUUCGAGGCCGCAAUUGAAGGCAAUUACAGGAACUCAAUGGUCAAUGCAGGAGGAGAUAACGAGUCCGUGAUGACAUUCAACCCGAGGAAUAGCUACUACGGCGGUGGCAACGCUGGACGUUACCAACACGACAGCUACUAUAGCAGCCGGCCACAGUCGACCUUCAGGCCUGAGAGUGGUGCACCCCGGGACGGUUAUCAAGAUCAAUAUCGAUGGGGACCUCCAGACCGAAGAAGGCUACCUCCACGCAUGGGCCCCGGCCCCGGCCCAGGCCCCGAGCAGCAGUACCGGAACCGGCAGAAUGGAGCGAACCUUUAUGGGGCGGGCAACAAUCAGCGAUCUUACGAGACAGUCGCGUCGGGCUCAGGAACUUCGGCAGAGCCAGCAGGCUACCAGACGGACCCAACAAGCUCAGACAACAGCUCCAUCGAGCGCCAGCAGCCAAGGCGCCAGCCAGAACCCAUAAAUGAUUACGGAAUUGGCUUCAGCCAGACACCUGAGUAUCAAACAUCGUCCUUCACUGUUGCCAGUCCUGGCUCUGCUCAGUACGGGUACCAAAAUGGCGGAGGAGCACCUGCAGUGCCAAGGAAGGAUGGGGCUAUCCUCAGAAAGCCGACGACACAGGAGUCACAACAACGACCAGACACGGGCGAGAAGCGCAAGAGCUGGUUCAAGCGCCUGAGCAAGGGUCUUUAG